UCGUGUUUCCCGGGCAGACUGCUUGCUUUUCUACUCACGAAUCCCGCCCCUUCUUCCUGGAUAGAAGACAGUCUUGGUCCCGAAGAAUUUGGAAACGAUUGACGCAUUUGAACACAGGACCUAGGAGUUCUUGGAGAGAAAUCUUGCCCUUGUGGAGCCCUACUGACCAUAAAAAUGAGUACUGCUGAUGCACUUGAUGAUGAAAAUACAUUUAAAAUCUUAGUUGCAACUGAUAUUCACCUUGGAUUUAUGGAGAAAGAUGCAGUCAGAGGAAAUGAUACAUUUGUCACACUUGAUGAAAUUUUAAGACUUGCCCAGGAAAAUGAAGUGGAUUUUAUUUUGUUAGGUGGUGAUCUUUUCCAUGAAAAUAAGCCCUCAAGAAAAACAUUACAUACAUGCCUUGAAUUAUUAAGAAAAUAUUGUAUGGGUGAUCGUCCUGUACAGUUUGAAAUCAUUAGUGAUCAAUCAGUCAACUUUGGUUUUAGUAAAUUUCCAUGGGUGAACUACCAAGAUGGCAAUCUCAACAUCUCAAUUCCAGUGUUUAGUAUUCAUGGAAAUCAUGAUGAUCCUAUAGGGGCAGAUGCUCUCUGUGCCCUGGAUAUUUUAAGUUGUGCUGGAUUUAUAAAUCACUUUGGACGUUCAAUGUCUGUGGAGAAGAUAGACAUUAGUCCAGUUUUGCUUCAAAAAGGAACCACAAAAAUUGCUCUAUAUGGUUUAGGGUCCAUUCCAGAUGAAAGGCUUUAUCGAAUGUUUGUCAAUAAAAAAGUAACAAUGUUGAGACCAAAAGAAGAUGAGAACUCUUGGUUUAAUUUAUUUGUGAUUCAUCAAAACAGGAGUAAACAUGGAAGUACAAACUUCAUUCCAGAACAGUUUUUGGAUGACUUCAUUGAUCUUGUUAUUUGGGGCCAUGAACAUGAGUGUAAAAUAGCUCCGACCAAAAAUGAGCAGCAGCUCUUUUAUGUAUCACAACCUGGAAGCUCAGUGGUUACUUCUCUUUCCCCAGGAGAAGCUGUGAAGAAACACGUUGGUUUGCUCCGUGUUAAAGGGAGGAAGAUGAAUAUGCAGAAGAUCCCUCUUGGUACUGUGCGGCAGUUUUUUAUGGAGGAUGUUGUUCUGGCUAAUCAUACAGAUAUUUUUAACCCAGAUAAUCCUAAAGUAACCCAAGCCAUACAAAGCUUCUGUUUGGAGAAGAUUGAAGAAAUGCUUGAAAAUGCUGAACGGGAACGUCUGGGAAAUUCUCGACAGCCAGAGAAGCCUCUUAUACGACUUCGAGUGGACUAUAGUGGAGGUUUUGAACCUUUCAAUGUUCUUCGCUUUAGCCAGAAAUUUGUGGAUCGAGUAGCUAAUCCAAAAGAUGUUAUCCAUUUCUUCAGGCAUAGAGAACAAAAAGAAAAAACAGGAGAAGAGAUCAACUUUGGGAAGCUUAUCACAAAACCUUCAGAAGGAACAACUCUCAGGGUAGAAGACCUUGUCAAACAGUAUUUUCAGACUGCAGAGAAGAAUGUUCAACUCUCACUGCUAACAGAAAGAGGGAUGGGUGAGGCAGUACAAGAAUUUGUGGACAAGGAAGAGAAGGAUGCCAUUGAGGAAUUAGUGAAAUACCAGUUGGAAAAAACACAGCGAUUUCUUAAAGAACGUCAUAUCGAUGCCCUAGAAGAUAAAAUUGAUGAAGAGGUACGUCGUUUCCGAGAAAGCAGACAAAAAAAUACUGAAGAAGAAGAUGAUGAAGUUCGAGAGGCCAUGAAUAGGGCCCGAGCUCUCAGGUGUCAAUCAGAAGACCACACAUCUGCCUUUAGUGCUGAUGACCUCAUGAGUAUAGAUCUAGCAGAACAGAUGGCAAAUGACUCUGAUGAUAGCAUCUCAGCAGGACUCAACAAAGGAAGAGGCCGAGGCAGAGGUCGAAGAGGAGGCAGAGGGCAGAAUUCAGCAUCAAGAGGAGGAUCUCAAAGAGGCAGAGCAGGCAAUGCUCUAGAGACUUCUACUCGAAGCAGGAACUCAAAGGCCACUGUGUCAACAUCUAGAAAUAUGUCUAUUAUAGAUGCUUUUAAAACUGUGAGACAGCAGCCCUCCCGAAAUGUUGCUACUAAGAAUUACUCAGAGGAGAUUGAGGUGGAUGAAUCAGAUGAGGAUGACAUUUUUCCUACUACUUCAAAAACAGAUCAAAGGUGGUCGAGCACAUCAGCAAGCAAGCACAUGUCCCAGAGCCAAGUAACUAAAGGGGUUGAUUUUGAAUCAGAUGAGGAUGAAGAUGAUGAUCCUUUCAUGAACAUUGGUUCUUUAAGAAGAAACAGAAGAUAAUAUAUUCAAUGUAACUUAGAAAUUUUCAAGUUACAGAAAGAAUCAAAACAUUUCAAGCAAAGACUUCAUAGUUAAAAGAUUUUAAAACUGUUUCUGUGAACUGAAAAUUUUGAAAAAGACUUACUUAACAGAUAAACUAAUAUGUAAGAAUUUAUAUUUUUAAGUAUCAUUUCCUGAACAUGACUCUAUUACUGAAGGUGUUUCUCAGCUGAUGGCUUUAAAAAUAACAUUGGUUCUCAUUUUUUAGUCUGAUUGUUAAAUUAUUUGGGAAUGCUUUGUAAAAUUUAAAAUGUAUUUUACUGACAUGUUAGUGUAUAUCUUACUGAAUAAGGGCUUUGCUUAAAGGUUGUUCUUGAAUAAGUAGUAAAAUAAAUCCACCAUUAUACAUUUCUGCUUCAUGAUCAAAGACUAUCAGUAUCUUAAUGUUUAAUUUAGCCAGAGUUGAAGGAAAGAGCUUAUAAAAUUUUACCUCUUUUUUUUUUUUAAUAAUUUUCUAGAGGCUUUGUAUUUCCCAGAAGUGAACAUUCUUUGUGAAACUAUGCCUCACAUCACUAUUUGUCAUUAAGUAUGGGUUUUCUUUUUUUUCCCCUAGUGCUUCAUGUAGUAGUAGACCCAAAGAUUUGGAAUGAUUAGAAGUACUGAAAAGUUUGAAUAAUUCUAUAUAGAUUUUUUUUAUUUAAAAAAAACCAAAACAGUCUGUUAGAAUUACUGAGUUUUUGUUCCAUUUGUAGCAAAAAUUUAAAACAUUAUGUUCCUAUUGAGUAGUAGCAAUUGUCUCUAUUAUUCUCUGUCAUUAAGGCUGUUCUCUUUCUUACAUCUAUUUAUAGGAAGAAAAAUGUUAAAUAAAUUUUAUAUUUUACAAA